GCUCAUGUAGUAGAUGCAAGCAUAUCGGGCUAUAUAAAAGGAUGGCAAGUAUUACCACCAUGAACACAAGCAGCCAAGAUUUCCCCACUAAGAAAUACGUACUAACCAAAACCCCUCUACCCACUGCUCAUUUCACCCGGGAACAACAUGUCUGCCAACGGGAUGAGCAGGGUGUUCACCCCUGUGGUGCAAGGCAAGGACCAGCACAACAGCAUGAACAACAUGCAGAAUCAUAGCACGGGCAACAACACAAGUGUCCCUGUGACUGGCACUUCCUUCACCGGUGGCUCCUUCUUCAGUGGCAACUCAGUUAACGCGCCGCCGCCGCAGGGCCCAAGCCAUUACUCUACCUUUGGCAUCGGGGGAAAUUCCAGCUUCUGAUCAUGGGGCCGGCAGUGCCGCAGUGGCAGCAGGACUACCAGCUACAGCCUGAACUAAUUAAGUAGCACGAGCUUGCAAGAAUAUAUAUGUAUGUUUGAAUAAAGUCAUGGAUAGCUUGCUAGCUACCUCGAUCAACGAAGCAACACAGUCCUGUUAUCAUCUAUACGAACCUGCAAGUGCAAAGAAUAAAGCAAGUAGCUCGAUCAGCGGAGCAACGCAGUCCUGUUAUGUAUUACUCCCUCCUCCCAAAUUAUAAGAAUUUUUAGCUUUUCUAAGUA